GAAAAGAGUAGUUUCUGGUGUACAGCCAACAGGAUUGGUGCACCUUGGGAAUUAUCUUGGCGCUAUUAAAAACUGGGUUUCACUUCAGGAUUUGUACGAGACAUUCUUUUUCAUUGUGGACCUGCAUGCGGCCGCAAGAUCUUUGUGUAAUACAUGAGAUUCUUCUCAUCAAACCCUAUGAUGUUGACCAAGUGGUGUUCCUGCCAUAUCUCCAAAUUACUUUACCGUAUGAUGCACCACAGCUGUCUAAAGCAACAAGAAGCACAGCUGCAAUAUAUCUAGCAUGCGGCAUUGACAGCUCCAAGGCUUCUAUUUUUGUACAGUCUUAUGUCCGUGCUCAUGUUGAGCUGAUGUGGCUAUUGAGUUCUUCUACUCCUAUUGGCUGGCUCAACAGAAUGAUCCAGUUUAAAGAGAAGUCACGCAAGGCGGGUGAUGAAAAUGUCGGAGUUGCGCUUUUGACUUAUCCUGUUCUAAUGGCUUCUGACAUCCUUUUGUACCAGUCCGAUUUAGUACCUGUUGGUGAAGAUCAGACACAGCAUUUGGAAUUAACUCGUGAAAUCGCCGAGCGUGUAAAUAAUCUAUAUGGUGGAAGAAAGUGGAAGAAAAUAGGAGGGAGAGGCGGUUUGCUAUUUAAGGUUCCUGAAGCCCUUAUUCCUCCAGCAGGGGCUCGUGUUAUGUCCCUAACUGAUGGUCUCUCCAAGAUGUCCAAGUCUGCUCCUUCAGAUCAAUCUCGUAUUAACCUUCUUGACCCAACGGAUGUGAUCGCGAAUAAGAUCAAACGCUGCAAAACUGACUCGUUCCCAGGCUUGGAGUUUGACAACCCUGAGAGGCCGGAAUGCAGCAAUCUUCUCUCAAUCUACCAGAUUAUUACUGGGAAGACUAAAGAGGAAGUUGUUAGGGAAUGCCAAGAUAUGAACUGGGGGACAUUCAAGACUACCCUUACAGAUGCUUUAAUUGAUCAUUUGCAACCUAUUCAGGCCCAUUAUGAGGAGAUAAUGUCUGAUCCAGGUUACUUGGAUAAUGUUCUUUUGGAAGGAGCAGGAAAAGCUGCUGAGAUAGCAGAUUCCACCCUGAACAACAUAUACCAAGCCAUGGGUUUCUUGCGCAGAUAGCAUAUACUUGCAUUCAAUCGUCCAGAACCUUUUGCCGUAAGUUGAUAAUUUUUUGGGUUCGAGCCAUGCUUCAUUAGGCGCUAUACUUGUGUUUUAGCGCAUGUUGGGCCUCCUGCUCAUGUCGUGGGGUCUCCAUUUGUCCAAACUUACUUCAUUCCUUUUCAUUUAUAGUCGUCUCACUGGAGAAAUUUUACUGUUGAUCCUUCCGUUGAUUCAUUUGUGGAUAAAUUUUACUAUUGAUCUUAAAAGUUCUGCUGGAGAAAUGUAGCUGGCUCGUCAAAGGAAAUGGAGCUGGUUCGGUCAGCUUAUUUUCAUUUCUAGGUUUGGCCAGUUUUGGGUUUCUGUAUGCAUUGGAGUGAAGUAAAUAAGGAACUUCUUCGCUUACUGGAGAAAUUUAACCGGAUACUUGGAUUUAA